AUGAACCAAGUAUCUUUACCAUAUGAGGAGCCUGAUAUUAAGGUGAUUCUCAUUUUAUCCUCGUUUCUGCUAAUUCUAAAUAUUAUUGGUAAAGCUCUAGACAAUGUCAUCUACUGUGGAUUAUUGGGCCAAAUAUUCAUAGGCGUUGCGUGGGGCGUGCCCGGAGGAGGUUGGCUUUCGUUAUCGACGCAGGAAUCAGUGGUUAAAUUCGGCUACCUUGGCUUGAUUCUACUCGUCUACGAAGGCGGAUUGUCAACCGAUUUCUAUGCAAUGAAAUCUCAUUUUUUUCGGUCAGUAUUUUUGGCCCUUACAGGUAUUAUUGCGCCUAUCGGAUUGUCGUUUGUGCUAAUGAAACUUGCGCAUGCAGAUGCCCUGCAGUCCUUUGCCGCCGGCGCUUCGUUGUGUUCGACUAGUUUAGGUACCACUCUAACAGUUUUGAAAGUUAGUGGCCUCAAGCAAAGUAGACUAGGUGUGGUUUUGACUUGCGCAGCCAUGCUAGACGACGUAGUGGGCCUUGUUAUGGCACAAAUUAUUUCAAAUUUGGGAAGUGGCCAUUCAUCGUUUAGUGCAAUAAUCGUGGUCCGGCCUAUAUUAGUUUCAAUUGCGUUUGCGGUGGUCGUCCCUCUUGUGUGCAAAUUCUUAGUUGAACCCUUCGCAGUCAAGAGACUAUCGUAUCUUUUGGCUAACUAUCGCUUCCUUCCAAACAAGAUGCAGAUAACAUUUUUAACGCAUACACUUGUCCUUGUUGGAUUCGUGGUGGGAUCUAGUUAUGCUGGAACUUCUAAUCUGUAUGCCGCUUAUCUUGCCGGUGCUAGCAUCGGUUGGUAUGAUAGUGAAGUCCGUAAAUCUUUUGAGUCUACUAAAUGUACGACCAUGGUUUUUAUUGAGAAAAUUAAUAAUGAAAACGAUUCUUCAGUUGGAAGAGAGCGCACUGAGAGGAGCUCGGCCUCACCACGGAAUUCGGAAUCCUAUAACAACUCUCCAAUCAAUGGCUCUUCUCUGAAACUUCCAAAGCGGCCACCGUUUGCUGCUUUAAAACAUGUAAAGGCUAUUCUAGGGCACAAAUAUUAUACUGAAGGAAACACGGUCAGUGUGCAAAAUAAUUUUGGGAAGUCAAUCACCAGUCCGGAACCAAAUGUUAUGAUUGAAAGUCCACAUAUCGAGCAUGUGUCAGGCCUUGAUAUAUGGGAUAAUUACUAUGAAACACCUGUGUUAACGGUGUUGCGACCAUUUUUCUUCGCGUCAAUUGGUUUCUCAAUUCCCAUUAAGGAUAUGUUUAGGGGAAGUAUCAUAUGGAGAGGUGUAAUAUAUGCUAUUUUGAUGACGGUGGGUAAAUUUAUCUGUGGUGCUUGGCUUAUAAGAAGUACUUGCUUCAAAAGUUUUAAGAAUGAGCCUGAGUACGCUUGUACUUUUUGGAGUAUACGAAGGGCUAGGUCUUUUAUUUCUCCAUCAAUUAUGGGUUGGGCAAUGGUUGCUCGUGGGGAAAUUGGGUUUCUCAUUGCUGCUCUAGCGGAUAGUAGAGAUAUAUUUACCUCAGAGCAGUUUUUAAUUGUUACGUGGGCUAUAGUUAUAUGUACAAUUGUGGGCCCUAUAAUGGUUGGCUGGUUGACUAGCAAAGUAAGAAAAAUACGUCAAUCAGAGGAACUGGACUCAGGGGAAAACGGUGACCCUAUGGAAAUUUGGGCAUGA